ACAUUCGCCAAGCAUUCCAGCUUUGGCGGUCAACUAAAAUGGCCAGCGUAAACGAACGAAUGUAUAAACAGUGACCAUACACACCACAGACAGUAAAAAUGGAACUCGAUAAAACAGCACCGAAGUCACAUCUUCGGCUUGACUGGGUAUAUGGUUACAGAGGGCAUCAAUGUCGCAGUAACCUGCAGUACACGGCCACAAGGGAGGUGGCUUAUUUUGUGGCCGGUGUCGGUAUUGUUUACAAUGUGAGGGAUCACAAGCAGAGGUUUUACUUUGGUCAUGACGAUGAUAUCAUCAGUCUUGCCAUGCAUCCCGAGCAAAUCCUGAUUGCAACAGGUCAGGUUGGAAAGGCCCCGUUCAUCUGUGUUUGGGACAGUUACACCAUGAAAACAGUCUCCAUAUUGAAGGAUGGUCACACACAUGGGAUUGGAAGUAUAGCUUUUGCCAGGGAUGGGCAGAGGCUUGCAUCAGUUGGUACAGACCCUCAAGCAACUGUCUGUAUCUGGGACUGGAAGAAAGGCAAAAUCAUUGCAACCACGAGGGGGCAUACUGAUAGGGUCUUGGAUAUUCAGUUUAAUCCUAACAAGGAGAAUGAACUGGUCACAUGUGGAGUAAAACAUAUCAAGUUUUGGACCCUGAGUGGCAAUUCACUGACCUCAAAGAAAGGGGUGUUUGGAAAAGUUGGAGAAAUCCAGACAAUGCUAUGUCUGGCCUUCGGACCUGAAGAUAUAACUUACUCAGGCUCCAUGUCUGGAGAUAUCUAUGUUUGGAAGGGGAAUAAUCUGGCAAGGGUGGUACAGAAUGCACACAAGGGUGCGGUAUACUCCAUGGAUACUGCCGAUGAGGGAUAUGCCAGUGCAGGCAAAGAUGGCUGUGUGUGUCUCUGGGACUCUGAUUUCAAACCAAUAACAUCCAUUGAUUUAGCAGACACGCCCACUGGCUAUCAAGGUCUGUGCAUACGUAGUGUGUGCUGGCGUGGAGAGAAGAUACUGAUAGGUACCCAGGACAGUGAAGUCAUAGAGGUGUCUGUAAGGGAGAGAGACAAGCCCAGGUGUCUGAUACAAGGUCAUGCAGAGGGGGAGCUGUGGGCCCUGGCAGUACAUCCCAAGAAACCCAUCUUUGCCACUGCAAGUGAUGACCACACUUUGAGGCUGUGGAACAUGGUGGACAAUGAGCUGCUAUCUCGGACCUCACUAGAUCACCCCAUUCGCUCCUGUGCCCUCAAUGAAGAUGGUACCCAGAUUGCAGCAGGCAUGAAUGAUGGCUCCUUUAUUGUCCUCAAGACAAAAGAUCUUUCUGAAGUUAUCCAAAUCAAAGAUCGCAAGGAAGUAAUUCAUGAAAUGAAAUAUUCCCCAGAUGGACAUUUCUUGGCAGUAGCCUCAAACGAUAAUUUUGUCGACAUUUAUGCCGUGGCGCAGCGCUACAAGAAAGUAGGAGUUUGCUCUGGUAGUUCUAGCUUUAUUACGCACAUAGAUUGGUCAGAAGACAGCAAGUAUUUACAGACCAACAGUGGAGCUGCAGAGAGACUGUUCUAUAAAAUGCCAGCUGGCAAACGUAUUACCAGCCGUGAUGAGAUAGAGGCAAUCCACUGGUACUCGUGGACAGGUGUCCUGGGACAGGAAGUCAAUGGUAUCUGGGAGAAGUACACUGACACCAAUGACAUCAAUGCCACAGAUGCUUACUUUGGAGGAGAGGUCAUUGUCACUGGUGAUGACUUUGGGUGUGUGAAAAUGUUCAAGUUUCCAUCGUUGAAGAGAGGUGCAAAGUUCCGAAAGUAUCUGGGUCAUUCAGCCCAUGUCACCAAUGUCCGUUUCUCUUACAACAAGCAGCAUGUCAUCAGUGUGGGUGGUGCUGACCAUGCUAUCUUCCAGUGGAAGUUUAUUCCUGAAGGGGCACCUUUAGAGGGAGAUGACCAGCAGGAAGCUGAAAGUGGAGAACAUGUGGACUCUAAUAGUGAGGAGAGUGACUCAGACGUGUCAGAUGUUGGAGAACUUGACUCUGAUGUUGAGAAUGAGAAACAGGUGCAAUAUGACAGAGCUGUGUAUAAGGAGGAUGCAUCAAAACUAAAGACAGCUAUCAAGGAAGAGAUGGAACCUGGGGAAAAGAGAAAUAAAGCACCAGAUGAAGGCCUAAAACUGGAGUUUGUUCAUGGAUAUCGCGGGUAUGACUGUCGCAACAACUUAUUUUACACCCAGUCUGGAGAGAUAGUAUACCAUGUGGCAGCUGUAGGAAUCGUGUACAGUAGAGAUCACCACAGACAAAGAUUUUAUCUGGACCACACAGAUGAUAUAUUGUGCCUGGCAAUCCAUCCAAUAAAAGACAUCAUUGCUACUGGACAGGUUGGAAGAGAUCCACCUGUUCAUGUGUGGGAUGCAGAAACACUGAAGUGUUUAUCUGUUCUCAAAGGGCAGCACCAGAGAGGUAUAUGUGCAGUAGACUUCUCAGGAGAUGGUAAGAAGCUGGCCUCUGUUGGGCUAGAUGACAACCAUACCAUAGUGGUUUGGGACUGGAGAAAGGGGGAGAAGUUAGCAACAACAAGAGGUCACAAGGACAAGAUAUUUGUGAUCAAGUGGAAUCCUUACGAUCUGAAUAAACUGGUGUCUGUAGGAGUGAAGCAUAUUAAAUUCUGGACACAAGCAGGUGGUGGUUUCACAGCUAACAGAGGCACAUUUGGCACAGUGGGUAAGCUGGACAGCAUGAUGUGCAUUACAUUUGGUAAGACUGAGGAUGUGUGUUACACUGGAGGGGCUAAUGGAGAGGUCUACAUAUGGCAGGGGGUCACUCUGCUCAAAACAGUCAAGGCCCAUGAAGGACCCUGCUUUGCCAUGCAUGCUUUAGACAAGGGUUUUGUAACAGGAGGUAAAGAUGGUAUCAUUGGUCUCUGGGAUGAACAGUUUGAGCGGUGCCUAAAAACCUAUGCUGUGAAGAGAGCCACCCUGGCACCAGGGACACGAGGUCUCUUGGUGGAGGACAGUCCAGCCAUCAGGGCAGUGGUCCUUGGACAUGGACACAUACUAGUGGGAACUAGGAAUGGAGAGAUUUUAGAAGUGGACAAAUCUGGGCCCAUGAAUAUUUUAGUCCAGGGUCACAAGGAAGGAGAGCUGUGGGGUUUGGCCACCCAUCCAAUCAAGAACUACUGUGCCACAGUGAGUGAUGACAAGACCCUGAGGGUGUGGGACAUUACCAGGGAGCACCGCAUGGUGAACUGUAAACUGAUGAAGAAACCAGGGAGAUGCUGCUGCUUCUCACCAGAUGGGAAAGUCAUUGCUGUAGGACUUAAUGAUGGAAGCUUUGUUGUAGUCAAUUCUGACACGUUGGAGGAUAUUGUUGCCUUUCACCACAGAAAAGAGGAAAUCUCAGAUAUAAGGUUUGCACCUGAUCCAGGAAAAUACCUUGCAGUGGCUUCCCAUGAUAACUUUGUAGAUAUUUACAAUGUGCUGAGCAGUAAAAGGGUGGGUGUGUGUAAGGGAGCUUCCAGUUAUAUCACACACAUUGAUUGGGACUCAAGAGGAAAGCUCUUGGUGGUGAACAGUGGUGCAAAAAACGAGCAGUUAUUCUUCGAAGCUCCGCGGGGUAAAAGACAGGCGCUUCGUUCAGCAGAGAUGGAGAAGAUCAACUGGGCCAGCUGGACUGGUGUGUUUGGGCACACAGUAACAGGGAUAUGGCCGCCAAAGAGUGAUGUCACUGAUGUGAACGCCACCUCCCUGUCAUAUGAUAGGAGGUUGUUGGCAACUGGGGAUGACUUUGGAUUUGUCAAGGUUUUUGAAUAUCCAGUGAAGGGCAAAUUUGCCAAGUUCAAGAAGUAUGUAGGUCACAGUGCCCAUGUGACCAAUGUCCGCUGGAGUGCCCAGGACAAGUGCCUGGUGUCCACUGGUGGUGCUGACACAGCUGUCAUGGUGUGGGCACACCCUGCAGCAGGAGACAGAAUGGUGACCAGAGGAGAGAGUGAUGACUCUGAUACUGACUCUGAAGAAGAUGGAGGCUAUGACAGUGAUGUUACAAGAGAGAAAGACAUGGAUUAUGAUGCCAAGACUUAUGCUAAUCCAAUCAGAGAAACAACUGGAGUAAAACCACACUUACAGGAACAGAAAGAAGAAAUCGACAAGCCUACUGUGAGCAGAAAUGCACCAGAGACUGUGAAAGUCCAGAGGUCAGAUCUCAGUCAGAUGUCCACCAACAGUAAAAGGAAGAAAAUCUCAGAGAUAUCAGAUUUGUCCCUGGAAUUUAUCUAUGGCUACCGUGGCUUUGACUGCAGGAAUAACUUACAUUAUCUCAAUGAUGGAGCAGACAUAGUCUACCAUGCUGCCGGGGCAGGGGUGGUCAUGAAUCUUGCUACAGGCAAUCAGUCUUUCUACCUUGAACACACAGACGACAUCAUUUGCCUCACUGUCAACCAGCAUCCCAAAUACAAGAACUUCAUAGCCUCUGGGCAGAUAGGAGCCUCCCCAGCCGUCCAUAUCUGGGAUGCUGUCAGCAAGCAGACAGUGACAGUACUACAGGGGCACACCAAGGGAGUGUGCUCUGUGGACUUCUCUUGUACAGGGAAACAUUUGGUCAGUGUGGGGAUAGAUGCUGAACACACUAUUUGUGUGUGGCGGUGGCAGGAGGCCACCAAAGUUGCCAGCUGUCCAGGUCACACAGAGAGAAUCUUCAGAGCAGAGUUCCGUCCAGAUUCUGAUGGUCAUUUUGUGACCGUUGGUGUGAAACAUGUCAAAUUCUGGUCAGUUGCUGGUGGAGAGCUCAUUGGGAAGAAAGGAAUCCUAACAAAUGCUGGUUCUGGAGCAGAUGUACAGCGGAUGCAGACUAUGUUGUCCAUAGCUUUUGGAGCAAAUAACUUAACCUACACUGGAGCCAUGAGUGGUGAUGUUUAUGUGUGGAAGGACAACACUUUACUUCGUCUAGUGAACAAAGCACACAAUGGGCCAGUAUUUACCAUGUUUACCACUCUCAGAGAUGGACUUAUUGUGACAGGAGGAAAGGAGAAAGUAGGGAAAGAAAGUGGGGCAGUAAAACUUUGGGACCAGGAAAUGAAGAGGUGCAGAUCUUUCCAGUUGGACUCUGGAGCACAAGUAGAUGUGGUGAAAUCUGUAUGCAGAACCAAAGGUAAGAUUCUAGUGGGCACCAGAGACAGUGAGAUCUAUGAACAUGCAGAGAAGACAGGAGCUGUACAGGUGCUGGUCAGAGGUCACAGUGAGGGAGAACUCUGGGGACUGGCCACUCAUCCCACCAUGGCCAGGUUUGCCACAGCCAGCUAUGAUGGUACUGUUAGAAUAUGGGACAUUGUUAAUAAGAUGAUGGUUCAGAAGCUGGCCAUAGGUGCCGCCCACUGUGUUGACUUCAGUUCUGACGGAGAGAUGGUGGCUGUUGGACUGAAGACAGGAGAGUUCAUGCUCCUUACAGUCACAGGCUUAACACUGUGGGGAAAGAAGAGGGAUAGAAAUAAAACAAUUACUGACAUCAGAUUCAGCCCAGACUCUAAAUACAUAGCAGUAGGUUCUGAGGAUAACUGUGUAGAUCUGUAUGAUCUCUCUCAGGGCCCCAGCCUUAACAGAGCUGGUUACUGCAAGGGAAUCCCUAGCUUUGUCAUACAGAUGGACUUCUCUGCAGAUGGGAAACAUCUGAGGGUGAGUUCUGGAAGCUAUGUUCACCAAGUUUUUGAAGUGCCCAGUGGGAAUCCAGUCAGUGAUGAAGCUAAAAUUUCAAAAAUAACUUGGGCAACGUGGACUAGUGUCCUUGGUAACGAAGUGCUUGGUAUUUGGCCACGCAAUGCAGACAAUGCUGAUGUUAACUGUGCUCAUCUGGCUCACACUGGCAAUGCACUAGUGACGGGAGAUGACUUUGGCUUGGUUAAACUAUUCCAGUUCCCAUGCACAGAAAAAUUUGCUGCACAUAAGAAAUACUAUGGACAUUCUGCCCAUGUCACCAAUGUGAGGUUUACUUUUGAUGACAGAUAUCUCCUCAGCACUGGUGGGGAUGAUUGCUGCAUCUUUGUUUGGAAGUGUCAGUGAAGUCAGGAAGAAAGAAAGGUGGAGACAGCACCAGAAGACCAUCCUCAGGGCAUUUUGUUUUAAAACC